CCCGUCUCUCUUCCUUCUUUGCUACAGUUCAAAAUUUAUCUGACGAAACUACCCCUCACCGGUCCUCUUCUCCUCCAGAUUCUUCUCCCAACGGUCAAAGAUCCUCUGUGCUGAUCAGACAAAGCUUCUCCCAUGGUAAUACCAGUCUUGACGACCACCACUAUGGCGACGGAGAGUUGAAGCGGUACUAAUGGAUUUGACGGAGGGCGUCGGAGAGAGCUCGUCGCCGCCGAGAAGCUUCGGGAGCUUCAAUAACUACGAUGUGAGGAACGACGUCUUUAACCGACUGGUGGAGAGCGGUCAUCCUUUGGCUUUGACUGAGCCGGACUUCCGUGACCAGCUCGACGCUCACUUCAAUCGCUUGCCGGCUAGUUACGGGCUUGACGUUAACAUGGACAGAGUGGAAGACGUUUUGGUACAUCAAAAGCUUCUUGAGUUGGCAAAGGAUCCGGAGAAACGGCCUGUUUAUCAUACACGGUUUUUGGAGAGUAUCUCUGCAGGGACAGAUGACGAGGAGGAUGAACAAUUCACUAGUAGUGUUUCAACCUCAAGGCUUUCAUGUAAGGACACCAAUGAGGGAUCUGCAGAGCCACAUAACAGGAAUUGUGCUGUUGACUUUGAACCUUGCUCUAGGCUCGAAGACCUAAAUUUGGAUGUUGGAAAGAACACUCAGGAUGUUAAUGAAGGAGAUCUGCUGGGGAGAUUUCCCAGAAGGCAAGAUAUAUCACGCACACUCACUCAUGAAGUAAUUUUUUCAUCUAUUGACAAGCCUAAGCUUCUUAGCCAGCUUUCUGCAUUACUUUCGGAUAUAGGACUUAACAUCCGUGAAGCACAUGUCUUUUCGACUACUGAUGGCUACUCUUUGGAUGUAUUUGUGGUGGAUGGAUGGCCUCUUGAGGAUACAGAUGGUUUAAAUGAAGCUAUGGAAAAAGCACUUGCUAGAAGUGAGGGAUCAUGGUCAAGAUCAUCCCAUUCUCAUUCAGCUGGAGAGCAAACUAUAUUGGCACGAGAGAAACCUGGAAGCUGGGAAAUAGACAGGAGACUAUUGAAGAUAGGAGAAAGAAUUGCAUCUGGAUCCUGUGGAGAUUUGCACCGUGGAAUUUAUCUUGGUCAAGAUGUUGCUGUUAAGAUUUUACGAUCUGAGCAUUUAAGUGCAGCUCAAGAGGAUGAAUUUGCUCAUGAAGUUGCCAUUCUUAGAGAGGUCCAUCACAGAAAUGUUGUGCGUUUUAUUGGCGCAUGCACGAAGUCACCACAUUUAUGCAUAGUGACAGAGUACAUGCCUGGUGGAAGUCUCUAUGAUUAUUUGCACAAAAGUCGUAACGUCUUGAAGCUUUCCGAACUGCUAAAGUUUGCAAUUCAUAUCUGCAAAGGAAUGGAGUAUUUGCAUCUCAAUGACAUAAUCCAUAGGGAUUUGAAGACAGCAAAUCUGCUAAUGGACACCAACAAAGUUGUAAAGGUGGCGGAUUUUGGUGUUGCUCGGUUUCAAACACAAGGGGGAGUAAUGACUGCAGAGACGGGAACCUAUAGAUGGAUGGCACCUGAGGUUAUUAAUCAUCAACCAUAUGAUCAGAAAGCGGACAUAUUCAGUUUUGCCAUUGUACUUUGGGAGCUGGUGACAGCCAAAGUUCCAUAUGAUACAAUGACUCCAUUACAAGCUGCCUUGGGAGUUAGACAGGGACUGAGACCAGAACUUCCAACUAACGCACACCCCAAACUGUUAGACUUGAUGCAAAGAUGUUGGGAUGCGGUUCCUUUGAACCGGCCAGCCUUUUCUGACAUAGCAGCAGAACUUGAGACCCUCGCCCAAGAAGUCCAGGAUAAUUUAGAAGCUGCAAAUGGAACAUGAGAGACUCAGCUCAGCUCUAAGAUGUGUGCAUCUCAGAAAUUUCUGAGAAUGUCCAUCUUCUCUUUUUGCGACAUUCCAACCGGUUCAAUUUAGAUGUUUCAGAGUUGGAUUAGGACCUUGUUUUUUGGCAGGUUUUCAGAGGAAUAUAGAGGUAUAUUGUACACGCAGAGAAAAGAGAGGUGUUUGAAUACCUUUCUGGUCUGUUGUAAACUCGCAAGUAUGUUUUAAUGUAAUAUGUGCUUUUGAGUAAGGAAACAUAUACUUUUCCACUACAUAUCAUACGAGUGGCAGUUAGAUGAAAAGUUUGGUGUCAAGGUAAAUCCCAGCACGAUGUUCCAUUGUGUUAAUAGUUGUAAAUCUACCUCUUCUUUUGUAUGUG